CGAUGCCCCUGCCGCGCCAUGGCCGAGAGUGACUGGGACACCGUGACGGUGCUGUGCAAGAAGGGCCCCACGGCCGCACAGGCCAAGUCUAAGCAGGCCAUCUUAGCAGCUCAGCGACGAGAAGAUGUGGAGACAUCCAAGAAAUGGGCUGCUGGUCAGAACAAGCAGCAUUCCAUCACUAAAAACACAGCCAAGCUAGACUGGGAGACCGAGGAGCUGCAUCACGACAGGGUGGCCCUGGAGGUGGGCAAAGUGAUCCAGCGGGGCCGGCAGAGCAAAGGCCUGACCCAGAAGGACCUGGCCACGAAAAUCAAUGAGAAGCCGCAAGUCAUCGCAGACUAUGAAAGUGGACGGGCCAUUCCGAAUAACCAGGUUUUGGGCAAAACUGAGAGAGCUAUCGGCCUCAAGCUCCGGGGCAAGGACGUCGGGAAGCCUAUCGAGAAGGGGCCGAAGGCGGAAUGAACACAAAGCCUCGAAGCCAGUGGUUCCGGCUGAGCUCUCGUGGCUGGUCCCCC